AUGGCAAGCGGAUGCUCUCCACAGGCAGGCUGCACGGAGAUACCUAUCAAACCAGAGUGCAUCGAACAAGGGUCAUGCUUAGACGUUGGCGAGAUACGAGAAAAUUUACGACUCCUCAUCGACCUGAGCUUCAGGCUUCCAUCUCAGGCAGUCCUUUCGUCCCAGGAUUCAGAUAUCUUUCGUGGCUCUUGCUCGGCGCUGGAGAAGGCGUUGACUGCGCAGGCACAGGGAUGCGAUAGCGUGCAGCAUCAGUCACCUGAUGGCGUGGAAUCGUUAGGAGAAGUGGUAUCAUCAACGGGAGGUCAAGUGGAAGCUGCCCGUUCGAAUAAAAAGGCUCCGCAGAAUGAUCGUGAGCUCUUGAUUAUACUGGACCGUCUGACGAGAGCAAAUGAACACUUUCGGCAGCGGCGAGUCGAACAGAAUCGGAUCCAGGAACAGUAUCAAACAAGGUGCGAGAAAUUGUCAGCCCGUGUCUCGGAGCUGGAAAACGAAGUGAACUCGCUUCAUUACCAGGUGUUCAAUAACACCAUCGAGCUAGAAUGUAUGCGCGGUACCGUUUCUGGACUGGAAACCUGGCUAAGUCACUGGAAAAGUCAGAAUGAUAGCAGUUUCCAUCUAGAUCCAAUUCUUAAAAGGCCAUCUAAACCAAAAGGCAGGCGCUCGAAGUACUUUGAGCAGAUGGACAGGCUUGAAGAGCAGAGGGAUAGUCUGCUAGACGGGUUGAGCGCCUGGAUGCGAGGAUGGAACGAUGCAACCGACGGGUUUCGGGCUCGUUCAAUGGACAAGAGUCGCUAG